AUGUCGUCCAUACAGCAACGCAAAGACGAGAUCCUCGCCAAGAAGGCCAAGCUCGCAGAGCUCAAGCGACAGCGCGAGUUGCGCCAGAAGGACUUCACCACCAACAGGCAGAGUCUCGAUGCCCCCGAGCUAGUCGCACCGUCCCCGAGGAGCUCCAGUGCCACGAAACGAGAAGACAUCGAGUCCCUUAUAUCCUCCCUGGUCGAUCGACCCUCAUCCACAACCCCUGGCACACCGACCAACAAGAAGCGGAGUAGCAGAAUUGAUCAAUCCUCCGACGAUGCGAGCACACCGUCAGUGACAUACCAGGACGCAUCAACCGAGCCGCAGACGUUGUCAUUCGCUAGCCUGACCACCGUCUACGAGAUACACGUGGAGUCCAAGCCAGAGGUGAUAUCCUACAGCAAAGGCGUCCAGACGGAGCAGCAUUGGCAGCCGGAUCCGGAUAGUGAAGACUCUGGUGAGGUAAACAGCGCAGAUCGAAGCCCUUCUAGACGACGGAGAAAGUUGAGCCAGCGCGAACGAGAACUUGAGGAGGAACAGAUCAGACAGAAGCUGCGACAGGAAAUUGAAGAGGAGCUGAAAGCGCUCAAACUGGAUGAGGCGGCGCAACCAGAGAGGGAGAGGUUUCCAGCACGGGCACUCGCACCAGAGGAAUUGAGUGCUGUGAUCAGUAGCAAUGACCUUCUGGACUUUGUGGAAAGGAGCAGCAAAGUCAUAGAGCGGGCAUUAGAUGAGGAGUACGAUGUGUUGGCAGACUACGCCUUGCAGUCUCGCGAGGUAGAAGACGACGAGUACGUGGGCAGGAGAGGGCGAAGAGUCAAAGAGGUGGCGCAAUUCGAUCUGGAUGAUGUGAUGGGUGGCAAGCGCAUCAUCAGCGACAUCGACUUCAGUCCAAAAUUCCCGGAACUCUUCUGCACCGCCUACACGAAAUCAGCGCGAUCUCCUCACACACCGCCAGGCCUGUUGAAUGUAUGGAACAUGCACCUCAAGGGACGGCCGGAAUACAGCUUGCAUGCCACUUCAGACCUGCUGUCUUGCCAAUUCCAUCCUUACCAUCCAUCGCUCAUACUCGGGGGUACCUACAGUGGUCAACUCUGCCUGUGGGACACUCGCGCACGUAAUCAACGGACAGGCGAGCCUGUACAAAAGACACCCCUCACAGGUGGGCGGACAGGACACGCACAUCCCAUCUACAGCCUGUCGGUGGUUGGCACACAAAACGCAUCCUCGGUAGUGUCGGUGUCUACCGAUGGCGUAGUCUGCGCCUGGUCAACCGACAUUCUCACUCAACCUCAAGAGUACCUCGAACUACAUGCGCCGAACCCAUCGGCAUACAAGACUGACGAUGUGGCACCAAGCUGCAUCUCGUUUCCUGCUUCCGAUCCGACAUACUUCCUUGCUGGGACAGAACAAGGCAGUAUCUUUCCAGUACAUCGAUACGAUCGUGCGGGUGCCAAAUCUGGCGUGGACGCAAGGACGAGUUACAAAGGCCAUGAAGCACCCGUCACUGGCAUAGACUUCCAUCCGGCCCGCGGCAAGAUUGAUCUGGGCGAUCUGUUCGUCAGCUGCGGGCUGGACUGGAGCGUCAAGGUAUGGCGCGCGAGACCGCCCACGACCAAUAGCGCUACAAUCUCCGGAAAUGCAGAGGUUAUUCGACCGCUUGUUUCCAUUGAUCGUGAUGACAGCGUGUACGAUGUAAAGUGGUCCCCUACCAAGCCUGGCAUCUUCGGCUGCGUAGAUGGUGGUGGUCGGCUCGACAUAUACGACAUGAACGCGAGUUCAGAAGUCCCGGUUGGGGGCGGAAGACCUAGCCAUGUCGAGAAGGAUGUUUACUCACUCAAGAGCCUCAACAAGCUCGCGUGGGAGAAGAGUCAGGGACGCCAUGUAGCUGUUGGCGGGCUGGACGGCAUUACCACAGUGUUCGAGGUCGGAAGCGAGCUCGGAGGCGUAGAUACGAAGCAGGACUCGUGGGUCGGUGUCAAGAAGUGGGUUGGGAGACAGACCAAGACCAAGGUUGAAGUGUAA